AGUCUUCCCCACACACACGAAAGAGUGAAUGAUCCGAUAUCAUCGUGUCUGGAGGAUCAUCACACUCACACAGUCGCAUUUCACGAUAGUCUGUGUCAGUAAGUGCGCGUGUAGUGACUGCCUAGCGCAUUAUCGCGACUCAACGUUUCUUCGCUGUAAUAACAUUGGCACAAAUUUUGAAUUUUUGAAUGUUUUCUGAGUGACCUAUAUGCGAAAUUCGGCAAGAUGCUUAUGUUCGAGAGUCCGGCAGCUCAUCACCAUAAGGACGUAUUGCCAACAAAGUAUGGGUCCAAACCACAGACGACGGCAUCCGGAAAGCACUUAAAAAUCUCUUCUAAAAAUGGCCAUUCAACAUCUAAGACUACGUUUAUCCACUCUGAAUUGCCAUUAUUGGAAAGCAGCAAAUCGUCUUCAAGACUUAACCUCAACCAGAGCAAGACAAAUUUAACACCGAGCUCACCGAUGGUGGAUUCAUUCCCGGCCAUCAAUAACAAUCCCAGAGGAGUGGAAAAUCAUGGGACGACAAAUAACAAUAGAGAAAACAAUGGCUUUCCUAUGACACCGACGGAGGCUCUUCGGCUGUACGGCAACCGUCUAACAGAGUAUGAGAAGACUGAAAUAGAGAAAUAUUCCAAGAUCUGGUAUCUCGGGCUGAAUGCGUGCAAAAUUCAUGGGGAACAAGGCGGAUCGCAGAAUAGCGGCUACGACGACGAAAGUGGAAGUUAUAUCAAGGUUCUGCACGAUCACAUCUGCUACCGAUACGAAAUUCUAGAAGUUAUUGGGAAGGGUAGCUUCGGACAAGUGAUCAGGGCAUUGGAUCACAUGACCAACAAACAUGUUGCCAUCAAGAUUAUCAGGAAUAAGAAAAGGUUUCACCAUCCAGCUUUAGUCGAAGUUCGCAUACUCGAUCACCUCCGAAAGAAAGACAAAGACGGAAACCACAACGUUAUCCACAUGUUAGAAUACUUCAAUUUUAGAAAUCAUCUCUGCAUAAGUUUCGAAUUAUUGAGCCUUAAUCUCUUCGAAUUGAUUAAGAAGAACAGCUACCAGGGAUUUAGUUUAAAUUUAAUCAGAAGGUUCGCCAAUUCCAUGUUGAAAUGUCUCAGGUUGCUCCAGAAGGAGAAUAUUAUACACUGCGACCUCAAGCCGGAAAAUGUUCUAUUAAAGCAGAGGGGAAGCAGUUCGAUAAAAGUAAUAGACUUUGGAAGUUCAUGUUAUACAAACCAACGGGUAUACACUUAUAUUCAAUCACGUUUUUAUCGAUCCCCAGAAGUAAUUUUGGGACUUACUUACGGGACUCCCAUCGAUAUGUGGAGUUUAGGUUGUAUAUUAGCAGAAUUGUAUACCGGUUACCCACUGUUUCCUGGUGAAAACGAAGUUGAACAACUUGCGUGUCUCAUGGAGGUGCUGGGACCACCACCUGAUGAACUUAUAGCUGUAGCCACAAGAAAACGACUAUUUUUCGAUUCGCGGGGAAAUCCUAGAUGCAUCACAAAUUCGAAGGGACGAAAACGAAAACCAGGAUCGAAAAGUUUGUCUAUUGCGUUACGCUGUGAUGAUCCGUUGUUUAUAGAUUUUAUAUCAAGGUGUCUUGAAUGGAACGCCAAGAAGAGGAUGACACCCGACGAAGCACUGCGGCACGAGUGGAUCCUCUCUGGCACUUCUGGUUAUCCAAAAUCUGGAAGUGAUUUAAGACAUAGUCAUUCCGAAGUUAAUGUGGGGCACGAUAGUCACUCGUCUAGUAGCACGUCUGGUAGUAGUCAUUCUCGUAUUCAUCACAAAAGUGUUGCACCAAAGGGUGAUAAAGUCAAGGCCAAAAUUUUAGAUACUAGAUUACAUGAUAGUACUUCUAAAUUAGACUCAAACUUGAAUGACUCGGGAACUUUUCUUCCCCCGAUUCUUUAGUCAAGUUUUAAAACUAAUGGGCCAACGAUCUCCAAUAAGACCAAGUUUUAUGGUAGACUUUAGUAAACUAGAUAUUUGUUACCAAAAUGUUGGUUGGAAUUGGAAACAAUAACAGUUUCAAUAAUUCAAAAGACGUAUUCAUCCUAAAUGUGUGAAGAUUUAUAAUCUUUCAGGUGAAAUACGGAUCUCAAUUAAGUAGAUGGAAUGUUCAAUUAUUGAAGCUGCUAUCUACUGUUGUAGAUUUUUAGUACAAUCAUAAACGUAUUAAAUAUAGAAACUUUUUCUUCUAUCUAAGCAAAUCUGUUAUCAAAAUGCUAUAAAGAUUGUUGUGACUGAUACAUAUUGCCUAAAUGUAUAAAAAUAAGCUAUACUAAAUGAUUAGAAAUGAGACAUAAAUAUUGAUUGUUAAAAGCUUGAUAUUAUUCUUUACGUAUUAUCUUAUACUUUUGAUAUUCGAGUUUUGCUUACGAUUUCUCUGUUACUAUACUGUCUAUUACUAAGCUUCCAAUUCAAUGUAAUGGAGAAAUUGUUACGUUCCAUCAAUUAAUCGUGCUGUUUAAUAAAUUUUAGUAAGACCUAAGUAAGAUGUUUAACCAUAUAACAAUGAAUAAUUUUAACGUAGUUAUAGAUUUUUUUAAAUUUGUUACUUUGUAUCCGUCAUUUACUUUACAAUCAUAAUUGCCAACAUAUAUUAUUUAAUAAUGUAUUAAAAAUGUUGUACUAAUGUAACUUAAUGUCCUAUAAAUGAAAGCGUGACCCAUAUACAUUUGGUCACAUAUCUUACAUUUACUGUAAAUUCCCCAAUGUGAUAUAUAUUGAUAAUAUUAUAUAGUAGCCUAACUAGUAGUUUCCUAACUAGUUGACCAUUUACAAGGUAUUUCAUAAUCAAAGUAAAUCCUCUCGGUUGACCACAAAUUGUGCACUUUGAUAAUUUCAUAAGAGAAAUUUUAAAUUUUACACGUAAACACUGAAUCAUAAAGUUUUGAGUUUGCUUAAAAUAUAAAGAUGUAACAUAAUGUUGUAAGUUCGUUAAAUAAGACUGAAAUAACAUAGAAA